AUGUUGUUAAGGAAACUCUUGUUCUAUUUAAAUUUCGGACUUGUGAUUCACACUGUAAUUUGUUUAAAGGAUACCGUUGAGGUUCCCCGUUUUGAAGACAGUCUGAGCAACUUAACCGUUUCAGUGGGAAGGGAAGCGAUAUUUACUUGCGUCGUUAAUGAGCUUGGCUCAUACAGGGUGGCAUGGCUCCGUGUGGAUACACAGACGAUCCUGACAAUUGCAACACAUGUUAUUACAAAAAAUCACCGGAUCGCUGUGAACCAUAGCGAUCGCCGAGUUUGGUUUCUGCAUAUACACGAUGUGCGACAAUCAGACCGUGGCUGGUACAUGUGUCAACUUAAUACGGAUCCAAUGAAGAGUCAGACAGCUUAUUUAGAUGUCGUUGUUCCUCCAGAUAUUCUCGAUUACCCAACGAGUAGUGAUCAGGUGGCAAGAGAAGGAGCAAACAUAACCUUGCGAUGUGCUGCUCAUGGUGUUCCCACACCGAACGUAGUUUGGAGAAGAGAAUCUGGUGAUUUACUACCUACAACCAAGUUUAGUGACUUGCAAAAUCAUUCAAUAAGCGGUUGUGAACUACAAAUGAUUAAAAUAUCACGUUUACAUAUGGGUGCAUACUUGUGUAUAGCCAGUAAUGGAGUCCCUCCAUCUGUAAGCAAACGAGUUACGCUAGUCGUACAUUUUCCGCCAAUAAUGACGAUACAAAAUCAGCUGAUAGGAGCACUGCAAGGUGAUUCGGUAACAUUAGAAUGUCAUUCAGAAGCAUUUCCCAAAUCUAUCAAUUAUUGGACCAUUAAUGGCCACAUCAUAUCCCAAUCGGAUACUAGAUUCGAGAUCACGGCUAUCGAAAAAGGUUAUGAAGUAGUUAUGAAAUUGAAAAUCAAGAGAGUAAGUAGAGGAAACUUUGGUACAUAUACUUGUAUUUCAAAAAAUUCUCUUGGGGACACCGAUGGUACAAUAAAGUUAUAUCCUAUUUCCGGUCAGUAUGAAGAUAAGCAGUACAGUGAAAUAAAUGAUUUCGAGGAGAACCCAGACGUCAGUGAACUUGAAGCCCUCAAACGAAGCCUUGCGCCUAAAUCUACGCAAAUGAAUCUUGUCUUAUUAUUAACGGCACUUGUGAUACUAGCCGAAAUUUACAUGUAA